UAGUGCCAUGUAGCUCUUGGAAAAAGCUUGAUGUAAAACUGCUUCACAUGCAUAAAUUAAGAAUUUUAUAUUAAAUUGGCUAAAAUAUUAAAGGCACCUUUUGCAAGAUGGCUCACCCUCAUGGGGUAUUGUAGCAUGCACACCAUAUUUUGCCGUUUUGUAGCUUUAAUUUUCGCUCAGUUCUGGUUUUGUCAUAGUAGUGUCUGUGGCAGCCAUGACUUCUCUCAAACAGCGUCAUUAGUCUGCCAGUUUCCUUGACUAUCUCUUAAUGAGAUUAAGUAGUGUCUGUUAGGAGUAAGGAGAGGUGGAGAGCAAGAAAUCACAGCAAACGUCAUGGUAAGCAAGCUUUUGUCUCUAUUUUCUACACUUUGUUCACGUUACCUUGAGCAGUAGCAGUAAAUCUGCAUGUGAGAUGGGUGAUUAUUGAGGUUGGAUUGCAUUUAAGUGUAAGUAGAUGGCUUUUGUUCAUAGGCAAGAAUAUGUAGGCAGAAUUAAUAACUUCUGUAGAAAACUUGUUUGUAAUGUUUAAAACCAAUGUUUUACUUAAUGUUGCUGGAGAAAUAAGCAUACACAUCUGUUAAGCUACUAUAGUCUGGAUCUAUUUUUUUUUUUUGGACUCUUCUUUAUUUUGCGACUUGGAAUUAAUGUAAAAAUGAACUAAAUGUUUUGAAAACUUUUCAACAUUUUCUUAAACUCUAAUCCAGUCAUUACUAUAUUUUUAUAACAUUAUGUACUAUAGUAUAUAUAACGAUAUAUUUUGUUAAAUAAGAUGUCUGGUCAGGCCUGUGAAGAAAAGCAAGUCCUGACCAACAAGCAGACAGAGACCAGUGAGAAUGACUCUGAGGAGGGGUCUAGACAUGAGGACCAAAUGGCUUUAGAAGAGUCGUCUGUUAUGGUGAGGCUGGGUCCUAACAGUGUUGAUAUGACAGAGGAGGAACUGGAGGCUGCUUUCUCUCAGCUGUCUCUGGCCUUUCGCUGUGACCAGUACACGCUGUGUCAGAGGCUGGAGAUGGAGGAACACGCUCGGGACAAUGCUGAGGACAACCUCAAACUGGAAGUGGAAAGAGGCAUGGAAGUGCUUGAAACACUCAAGGGAAUGUGUUUAGAUAUCAAACGUGCCGGGCUUCUCCAGCAUCUUGAGUUGUCUCUUAACAUUAUCGGGGGCACCAUCGGACGAAUCUCCAAGACAGCAGAGGUUCUUGGGGCUGUGCAUCAGGAGGCUAAAGUGAGCCGUGCAGUGGAACUCAUGGUGGCUCAUGUGGAGAACCUGAAGGGCCAUCAUGUGAGGAACAGCAUUGAAUUGGAGGAGAUGAAGAAACAGAUGGAGAAAAGCAGCAGAGAGCGGCACGUCUGUGAGCAGAGGGAGGAAACUGAGGCUAUUGAAAAGCUGGAAAAAGACCUACAGAAGCCACAGUUACGGCGUAGAAUCAGUACAAACAUCAUUGCAAAGCAAAUCCAGAGGCAAAAAGUGAAGGAGUCAGAAGCUAUAUUAUCUUCAGUGACCAGUGAGAUUAGUGAAGAGAUCAAAUCAACCACAAAGAAACCUGACCACACAGAUGACUGCCAAAUGAAUAGAGGGCAAGAACCUCAAGAUGACAGUCCCUCACAAACUGUCACGGUGGAUGCUACUGAGAAGAUCCUCCCAAAUUCAUCCCAAACAGACUCUGAGGCUUGAGCUGGACCCCACCUUUGUAAAAAAAAACACAAGUUCACUGCCAGUGUUACCUCAUCAAAGGCUGAGGAGGAAGGCAUCACUGGAGCACAGUCAUGCCUGGCUCAAGAGAUCUGAGAGCUACCUCCGAGACUGUAAUACAUGUGUCAGUAGCUUACGGCGCCCUCUUAUGCAGGGGAUGUAUCAUUGCCGCUGGAUAAUUCUUGCCAUUUACCUCACUGUUCUUUGCUCCAUCAUUAUAUUAGCCAUAUUAGUAUGGUUGCUGCAAACACCCAUCUUAUGGAUGUAAAAAUUAUAAUUAUAGAAUAUGUUAAAAGCACUGUUGAUAGCUUUUAGUUACCAUUUGCAAGACGUUUUAACUUUGUUUUAUGGGAAGCUAUUGCAUGUAUAGUUUGAAAUUAUCUCAGAAUAAAAUUCAUGCACUAGC